UAGUUCGUGGAGUGGAGGUGCAUGAAAUACUGGGAAAACAGUUUGGGCUCAAGUUUCUUCCGGGAGCACAAACAUGUUCUCCACAUCUCUCUCAUGUGCUUCGCCUGUGAAACAAAACUCAACUCUGUUUCAAUGGCUGAGAUUCAUUUUCCUUUCUCCCUGUCCUCAGAGAGUUCUCUUGUCUGCCGUUGAUACUCUACUAUUGCUCUUUCUCUUUGUGUUUGCUGUCACAAAGCUCUGUAAAAGGUUCACCUCUCAUGGCCGUUCCAACAACGACCUCAACAAGCCUUUCAUUAGAAACAACAUAUCCACUUUCAGAACUACUCUGUGGUUUAAGUUAACUUUGACUGUAACGGUUGUUUUGGCUGUAGUUUACACCAUUGCUUGCGUUCUCGUCUUUAGCAGUUCCACCAACGUGCCGUGGAAGCAAGUUGAUGAAGCUUUUUGGAUCGUCCAGGCCGUAACACAUGCAGUGCUUGCAGUGUUGAUCAUUCACGAGAAAAAAUUCGAAGCUGUAACACACCCCCUGUCCGUUCGAGUUUACUGGGUUGCGAAUUUCGUUGUCAUUUCCUUGUUCACGGUUUCUGGGGUUGUACGUUUUGUGUCUGUGGAUGAGGAUGGAGCCAAAAGCUUCGUCAUUGAAGUGGAUGACGUGGUCUCUUUUAUUUCACUCCCUCUGUCAUUGUUUCUUCUUUUUGUGGCGGUUAAAGGAGCCACUGGUAUUGUGUUGUCGACAGAAGAAAAAAAGUCACUUGUUGACGAGGAAACGAGGUUGUAUGAAACAAAAUCCGAGGUUACUGGCUUUGCUUCAGCUUCUCUACUGUCCAAGGCAUUUUGGAUUUGGAUAAACCCUUUGUUGAGUAAAGGGUACAAGUGGCCACUGAAAAUUGAUGAUAUUCCAACACUUUCCCCAGACCAUAGAGCUGAGAAGAUGUCACUUCUCUUUGAAUCAAAAUGGCCUAAAACAGACGAGAGAUUGAAGCAUCCAGUUAGAAUCACAUUGCUUAAGUGCUUUUGGAAGGAGUUGGCCAUCACUGCCAUUCUUGCAAUUAUUAGGCUGUGUGUCAUGUUUGUGGGGCCAGUUCUCAUACAAAGCUUUGUAGAUUAUACGUCAGGGAAGAGAAGCUCUGUGUAUGAAGGGUACUAUCUCGUGUUGAUUCUUCUUGUUGCCAAGAUCAUAGAAGUGUUGACCACUCACCAUUUCAACUUCAACGCUCAGAAACUUGGGAUGCUCAUACGGUGCACGCUUAUACCUUCUUUGUACAAAAAGGGAUUGAUGCUAUCAUUCUCAGCUAGGCAGGACCAUGGUGUGGGUAGCAUCGUGAAUUACAUGGCUGUUGAUGUUCAGCAACUUUCUGAUAUGAUGCUUCAGUUGCAUGCUGUGUGGAUGAUGCCAUUUCAAGUUGGUAUUGGUUUAUUUCUACUUUACGAUUGUCUAGGUGCCUCUGUAGUGACUUCUUUUCUUGGUCUUCUUGGGAUAUUAGUGCUUGUUGUGCUUGGUAUCCGGAGAGAUAGGGUUUUCCAAUUGAAUGUGAUGAAAAACCGUGACUUGAGAAUGAAAGCUGUGAAUGAGAUGCUUAGUUACAUGCGUGUGAUAAAGUUUCAGGCUUGGGAGGAGCAUUUCAACGGGAGGAUUAUGGGAUUCCGUGAGACAGAGUUUGAGUGGCUUACCAAGUUGAUGUUCUCCAUUUGUAGCAAUAUUGUUGUGAUGUGGAGCGCACCGAUAUUGGUAUCAACUCUGACGUUUGGUACAGCUAUUUUGCUGCGAGUUCCGCUUGAUGCAGCCACUGUCUUCACGACUACUUCUAUCUUCAAGAUCUUGCAGGAGCCUGUUAUGACAUUCCCACAGUCUAUGAUAUCUCUUUCACAAGCAAUGAUAUCACUGGGGAGGUUAGAUAGAUUCAUGUUGUGUAGGGAAUUGUCGAAUGAUUCAGUUGUGAGAGAGGAAGGCAGUGGUGGACAAACCGCAGUGGAGAUCAUAGAUGGUACCUUUAGUUGGGAUGAUGAAAACAUGCUGCAGGACUUGGAAAAUAUUGAUUUGGAGAUCAAAAGGGGGGAGCUUACAGCAAUUGUUGGGACUGUGGGGUCAGGAAAGUCAUCUCUCCUAGCAUCAAUUCUUGGUGAGAUGCACAAAAUUUCUGGAAAGGUUCGGGUUUGUGGUAGUGUUGCCUAUGUUGCACAAACAUCUUGGAUUCAGAGUGGCACCAUUGAAGAAAACAUUCUCUUUGGUUUACCAAUGGAUAGGCAUAGGUACAAUGAAGUUAUCAGGGUGUGUUGCUUGGAGAAAGAUUUGGAAAUGAUGGAUUAUGGAGAUCAAACAGAAAUUGGAGAGCGUGGUAUUAACCUGAGUGGGGGCCAGAAGCAGCGUAUACAACUUGCCAGGGCUGUAUAUCAAGAUUCUGAUAUAUAUCUCCUUGAUGAUGUCUUCAGUGCUGUUGAUGCUCAUACUGGCUCUGAAAUAUUUAAGGAAUGCGUGAGGGGAGCUCUAAAAGGCAAGACCAUUGUUCUUGUAACACACCAAGUGGAUUUCCUACAUAAUGUGGAUCUUAUAUUAGUGAUGAGGGACGGGAUGGUAGUCCAAUCAGGGAAGUAUGAUGAUCUACUAGAUGCUGAAAUGGAUUUUAAAGCUCUGGUAGAUGCACAUGAGACUUCUAUGGAACUAGUAGAGCAGGGUGUGGUCUUACCUGGUCAAAAUUUGAACAAACCAACAAAAUCUCCAGAGGGAAUUUCUAUUUACAAGGGGACUGGUGGUGAAAGCAAUUCUCUUGACCAGACUGAGCCUGGCAAGAAUAGUUCUAAACUCGUCAAAGAAGAGGAGAGAGAAACUGGCAAAGUGAGCUUACAUAUCUACAAACUCUACUGCACUGAGGCUUUAGGUUGGUGGGGUGUUGCAAUAGCAUUGCUUCUUUCUUUGUUAUGGCAAGCGUCUUUGAUGGCAAGUGACUAUUGGCUGGCAUAUGAAACCUCAGAAGAGGGUGCCAAAAUGUUUAACCCCAAUUUGUUCAUUUCUAUCUAUGCAAUUAUUACUGUUGUUUCAGUCAUUUUGGUGAUCGCAAGAUCCUACUGCAUUACAAUCUUGGGGCUAAAAACAGCACAGAGUUUCUUCACACAAAUUCUUCGUAGCAUCUUGCAUGCGCCCAUGUCUUUCUUUGACACUACUCCAUCUGGGAGAAUUCUAAGUAGGGCAUCCACAGAUCAGGCCAAUGUUGAUGUGUCUCUCCCCAUGUUCACAGGAAUUGUUAUUGGCAUGUACAUGUCAGUACUCGCCAUCUUCAUCAUCACCUGUCAAAAUUCUUGGCCUACAGUGUUAUUGAUAAUUCCUCUUGUUUGGUUGAAUAUAUGGUAUCGGGGUUACUAUCUUGCAUCAUCUCGUGAAAUAACUCGCUUGGAUUCAAUUACCAAAGCACCGGUAAUUCAUUACUUCUCCGAAAGCAUUGUGGGGGUCAUGACAAUCCGUGCAUUCGGAAAGCAAAAGAGUUUUUGUGAAGAAAAUCUCAAACGAGUGAAUGCUAAUUUGCGAAUGGAUUUCCACAACAACGGUUCUAAUGAGUGGUUAGGAGUAAGAUUAGAAUUUCUAGGAACCUUUGUCUUCUGCAUUUCUACUUUGUUCAUGAUCAUCUUGCCCAGCGGUAUCAUAAAGCCAGAAAAUGUUGGUUUAUCUCUCUCUUAUGGAUUGUCCUUAAAUUCGGUCAUGUUCUUUUGCGUAUACAUGAGUUGUUUUGUCGAAAACAAAAUGGUGUCUGCUGAGAGGAUAAAGCAGUUUACAAAUAUUCCAUCGGAACCCGCUUGGAAUGUCAAGGAUCGUUUGCCUCCUUCAAAUUGGCCAGAUCAAGGCAAUGUAGAUAUCAAAGACCUGCAGGUCAGAUAUCGUCCAAACACCCCUCUGGUUCUUAAAGGCAUCACUUUAAGCAUUAGUGGAGGUGAAAAGAUUGGCGUUGUUGGUCGAACUGGAAGCGGAAAAUCAACUUUGAUUCAAGUCUUCUUUAGGCUGGUGGAACCUUCAGGAGGGAAAAUAAUAAUUGAUAGUAUUGACAUAUCUGUCUUGGGGCUUCAUGAUCUUAGAUCACGGUUUGGUAUCAUUCCUCAAGAGCCCGUCCUUUUUGAAGGAACUGUCAGAAGCAACAUUGAUCCAAUUGGACAGUACACAGAUGAUGAAAUAUGGAAGAGCUUGGAACGCUGUCAACUAAAAGAGGUUGUUGCUGCUAAGCCUGACAAGCUCGACUCUUUGGUGGUGGAUAAUGGAGAGAACUGGAGUGUGGGGCAGAGACAAUUGCUUUGUCUGGGACGCGUGAUGCUUAAGCGAAGCCGAGUGUUGUUUAUGGAUGAGGCAACUGCUUCUGUUGAUUCUCAAACAGAUGGUGUAAUACAAAAGAUCAUUAGAGAGGACUUCGCAGCUUGUACCAUCAUCAGCAUUGCUCACAGAAUACCCACAGUCAUGGACUGUGAUAGAGUUUUAGUUGUAGAUGCAGGCCAUGCAAAAGAAUUUGAUAACCCCUCCAACUUGCUUCAGACUCAAUCUCUCUUUGCAGCAUUAGUUCAAGAGUACGCCAACCGUUCAACUGGACUCUAAUCAUAUGUUUCCCAGUUCAACUUUUGUUAGAAAGUGGGGAGAGGAUGGAUAUUUUAUUUUAAAUAUAUAGUUAAAUUUUAAAAUAAUAAGUUUAUGCAAAUCUUAGAAAUAACAUGUAAAGGUUAUGAUCUUUACACGGAUUGAAAGAAAUUUGACAUAUGGAGUUCAGCCAUUAUCGUCAAUCAUUUAAAUAUUCAAAGAUAUAUUAUUGCUGAGCCUGAAAUGUUUUUAUCCUGGAAAGUGGAAACAUAUUCCUGAUUUCUAGUUAUUACAAAAAGUAAUAAU